AUGAAGAGUUCUCCAUGGGCGGGGGCCCGCCCUGCUGCCGUCGUGCAGCUCCUCCUCUUCCUCGCCCACCUCGUCGUCCGCGGCGGCGCUGCCGAGGGAGGCGGGAAGGGCAGCUCGGUGUACCCGGCGGCCGUCGUCUACCCGCAAAACUCCCGCCAGAUCUCCUGGAAACCCAGGGUGUUCCUGUACCAGCACUUCCUCAGCGACGACGAGGCCAACCACCUCAUCUCCCUCGCGAGAGCGGAGCUCAAGAGGUCGGCGGUCGCUGAUAAUAUGUCCGGCAAGAGCACGCUCAGCGACGUCCGCACCAGCUCCGGCACCUUCCUCAGGAAGGGCCAGGAUCCAAUUGUUGAGGGUAUAGAGAACAAAAUUGCUGCAUGGACAUUCCUUCCAAAAGAGAAUGGUGAAGAUAUCCAAGUCCUAAGAUAUAAGCAUGGGGAGAAGUAUGAAGCGCACUAUGAUUACUUCACUGACAAUGUUAACACUGUUCGGGGUGGUCAUCGCUAUGCUACUGUUCUUUUGUACUUAACUGAUGUAGCAGCAGGAGGGGAAACAGUUUUCCCCUUGGCUGAGGAGGUCGAUGAUGCUAAAGAUGCAACCUUCUCAGAAUGUGCUCAGAAAGGCAUUGCAGUGAAACCACGAAAAGGAGACGCCCUCCUUUUCUUCAACCUUAAGCCAGAUGGCACCACCGAUUCAGUGAGCCUCCAUGGUGGUUGCCCAGUCAUAAAGGGCGAGAAAUGGUCAGCUACGAAGUGGAUCCGUGUGGCCUCGUUCGAUAAGGUCCAUCACCCACAAGGCAACUGCACCGACGAGAAUGAGAGCUGCACGAAAUGGGCGGCCCUAGGGGAGUGCAUAAAGAACCCAGAGUACAUGGUGGGAACCGCAGCAUUGCCCGGUUACUGUCGGAGGAGCUGCAAUGUGUGCUAG